CGAGAGAGGAGCGAGCGGCGGCCGUUGCCUUCAGCUGCAGCGCACGAGGCCGCCGCGCACUGUCAAGCUGCCAGUCAACGGAACGCGGUCGGGGAGCCCGCCUCCCCCGCACGAACCGGGCGCGACGCAGCGCCGCAACUCCGGCGUUGCUGCUGCAAGCAGCGGGUGCGCGCGAACGGAUAAGCCGCGGACGCUCGAGCGCGCGUGCGCAACGCGCCUCCUCUCCCAUUGGCCGCGCGUCACGUGCUUUUGACGUACGACGCCGCGCGCGCUCCGAUUGGCCGCGUCGGACGCGCGGGGGGGCGGCUUGGCGCUGAGCCCGAAGCAUGGCCGCACGGUCGGCGGCGCGCGCCAGCGGAGUGCCGGGAUGCAACGGGAGCAGCACGAUCCGCGCGAGCUGGAGCUCGCUGCGGCAGCGGCAGCGGCCGCCGCCGCCGGCGGCGAGUGGGCGCCGCGCUGGAGUCUCGAACCGCCGCCGCCUCAGCAGCGGUGUAACCCCGUGAACGUCGUCGGUGUGGUGGCUCCUCCGCCGCCGCCCGAGAGUCCGACGCAGCAACAGGUGGCCGCCCUAGCGGCGGGCAAGCGGAGCGCCGAGCAGCGCAUCCGAAGGCCCAUGAACGCCUUCAUGGUGUGGGCCAAAGGGGAACGCAAAAGGCUGGCCGACGAGAACCCGGACCUGCACAACGCCGACCUGAGCAAGAUGCUGGGCAAGAAAUGGCGCAGCCUGACCCUGCAGGAGCGGCGGCCAUUCGUGGAAGAGGCCGAGCGGCUGCGGUUGCAGCACAUGCAGGACUACCCCAACUACAAGUAUCGGCCCAGGAGACGCAAGCACGCCAAGCGCGGGUCGCGUCGGGGUAGCCCGUCGCAGCCCGGUAGCCCCGACGAGGGCGGCGGCAACGGCCUCCAGACGCCUCCGGACUCGAGCCCGGCCCGGGGUAGCCCUCCGGACUGCAGCAGCCGUCUCAUGCCCGAGAUGCCGUACGAGACGCCCGUGCCGCCGACGCCCGAGCUGUCUCCGAUGGAACCCGAAGACUGCUGCGGUCCCAUAGACGACGGCACGGGCAGUCACCUGUCCCAGCUCAUGUGCAAGUUCAACGACAAGUCCAUGUUCCUCAAGAACAUCCGGCCGCCGUACCGGACCCACACGCAGAGGGGUCUCGGUCCUCCGGGUCUGACGCAGCAGCACCUCUGCACGACCGCCUCGACGACGUGCACGACGAGCGGCUACUCGUUCCAGAGGACGCCGCCGUCGUCGUACUACACGCCCAUCUACGCGGCUACCUCCCCGUACGGUCCUCCUCAGGGCGACCUACCGCAAGACGUCUACUACGGCGCGCCGGAGCACAUGUACGCCCCGCAGCCGUCGCAGGAGGCGUUCCUGGAACACAGCGACCUGGUCCAGUUCCUGGACGCCGCCACGGCCGCGUCGCCCGUCUGCACGACGGCGGGAGGCUACGCGCCGCUUCCUCCUCUCGGCGCGGGAGACCACCACGCCACGUACGAGACGCUCGGCUCGGAACCGUGCGGGAUCGAGUACUCGACGAUGCCGCCGCAGCCGCACCACCCGUACGGCCUGUACGCGACGCACCACAGUCACCACCAGCCCGAGCUGCACCACCAGGAGCCCGGAACUGGGAUCAUCGCGGCCCUGGCAGAGACGCGGCACAUCAUGUCGUGAUGAUGACAGUAUUCCUUUUUUUUUUUGUCGUUGUUCGUUGGAAGCCGACGUGCCUUUUUUUUUUCUCCCUCUCAUUCUCGUGUUUCUCCGCUGCACGUGGUGGAAACCGUCGCUUCCGCGGCGUCUUCGAG